UCUGCUGCUGGACCUGAUCCUGGUCGGUUCUGUGAAGGCCGUGGUGCGUCGACGUCGCCCGGCUCAUAACCAGAUGGACAUGUUCGCCACGUUCUCUGUGGACCGCUACUCCUUCCCUUCUGGUCAUGCCACCCGCGCCGCCAUGUGUGGGCGCUUCCUGCUGGCUCACCUCGUGCUGGCCCCCCCUGUGAGGGUCCUGGUCGUACUGUGGGUGGGCCUGGUGGGGCUUAGCCGAGUGCUGCUGGGAAGACAUAAUGUUACCGAUGUUCUGUUUGGAUUCUGGAUGGGAUACUGCCAAUACAACCUGCUGGAGAUGCUGUGGCUCUCUCCUCAAGCUCUGCAGGGCCUCCUGGGACAGCUGGCCUAACUAUCAACCACAGCUGGCCUAACUAUCAACCACAGCUGGCCUAACUAUCAACCACAGGAAGAAGAACGAUGCUGGAAUAUUAAGAGUUCCUGUACCCGUUUUUAGACUGAAGCAAACUCCUUUGAUUAGAGAGAAGAGCUCAGUGUAACACCUUUUCUGACUGAUUCAUCAGGUUCUGAACCUCCAUCUGACCCCUAAUUUACACUAGAUGUGGCUGUGCUGCGUUGUGCUGCGCUGCGUUGUGCUGCGCUGCGCUGCGGUCCGACCUCCACAGCAAACACACACCCAUUCUAAUCAAUGAGAGUAUUGAUCUGUAUAAGUGGAUUGGACAUCACGUGACACAUCAUGCACCACACAGGUACCAUUCUAUGCAUUGAGUUUUGACUUGGGAACAUCCAUGAAUGGUGGUAAAAAGGGGAUGCAGCAGACACUCAUGCAAGGAAUAUCAAAAAUAGAUGCAAUAUUUUGCCAAAAAUUGUCAACACUACAACAACAAGAUCACAAGAUCAAAGUUAUCACAUUUUACAGGUCAUUAAAAUAUUUUUAUUUUAAAAAAUGUCGGAGAUGCAGAAAGUAGGUCAGUUAUGCAGCUUGAUUUUGACAACCUUAUGUUGGGUAAACCAAGGAAAAGACAAAUUUG